CGAAAGAGGAGAGAGCAAACAAUUUUCAGGCCCGCCGCGUCUGGCAAAAAAUAUGAGAAAAAAAUUAUAAAAAAUUCGGAAAAUAGUUGAAAGUCAAGAAAAAGUCCACAGAAAGGAUGUGGAGGCUUCCAGGGCCCCUGAGUCCAGGCUGGGAUGACAACCUAAAGCUGGAAGUUAGAGUUACAUCAGCACUAGUUGGGCACCCUGCAAUUGUCCAUGUAGCUGGUCUGCUUUAGGGUGCCAUGGCCACAGGAACAGAGGGACGCCAUGUCCAAGUCCUGGAGAAAGCCAAGCUUUCACCAACUUCGGGGAAACGCAGGAGAGCAGAAGGGAAACCCAAGAAGAAUUUUCCUUGUCAGGAGUGUCAGAAGGCAUUCAACAGUCUGGAGAAGUUAAAGGUGCACUCGUACUCUCAUACAGGGGAAAGGCCAUAUCGCUGCUCCCAUGCUGACUGCACCAAGGCUUUCGUCUCCAAAUACAAGCUGCUACGGCAUAUGGCAACUCACUCACCAGAAAAAAGCCACAAGUGUUCAUACUGUGAAAAAAUGUUUCACCGCAAGGAUCACUUAAAAAAUCACCAACACACUCAUGACCCACACAAGGAGGCCUUCACCUGUCAGGAGUGCGGGAAGAGCUACAACACCAAGCUUGGCUUUAAGCGUCACCUGGCCCUCCAUGCUGCAAACAGCGGAGACCUGACCUGCCAAGUUUGCCUGCAGCUGUUCCCCAGCACUGUGGUUCUGCUGGAACACCUCAAAACACACGCAGGCAAGACAUCUGGGGGGACCAAAGAGAAGAAGCAUUGUUGUGAGCAUUGUGAGCGUCAGUUUUACACCCGCAAAGAUGUGCGACGCCACAUGGUGGUGCACACUGGACACAAGGACUUCCUCUGUCAGUACUGUGCUCAGCGCUUUGGUAGGAAGGAUCACCUGACCCGUCACAUGAAAAAGAGCCACACCAGGGAGCUGCUGAGGGUAAAAACUGAACCAGCUGAUUCGCUGGAGACCGAUGUUUUUGAUUUGGCUUCUGGAAGCAUCAAGGAUGACUUUCCAGCAACACUGACAACAAGAUCACACCAGGUUAACGUGUUCACAGGCUCUGGCCUGGACACGCAGUCCUUCUCUUCCCCCAGUAACCUAUUUUCUUUAAAGUACCCACUGAGCUCCAACUAUACCUCAUACACCAUCACCUCACAUGAGAGGGAGCAGAAUCUAAAGGGAGAACUGGAGACCUAUCUAAUGGAGCUGCAGAACACAAUGCCAUCCUCGUCCUCUGCAUCUCUAGAACCUCAAAUUCCCUCCUCCAAACUUGAGUUGUUACCUCAUGUGGGUAUGCUGGAGGAAGUGAGCGAGGACGCGUCCCUCUCAAAAAUUUCCACGCCAGCAGCAGGUCCUGCAGCGGACUCUGUGGCCUCAUCUUCCUCUCUUAUGGAUUUUUCCCAGCUGUUCAACUUCCUGCCACACAACGGGCCUGCAUUCAAUCAGGUAGGAAGCAGCGUGGGCAGCAUCGGACCAGCCAUCACCUUUCCACCCACAGAAGAACCUGUUCCUCUUGUCCAUCUGCACACCCAGACCCCUACAGGUCAAGAGGCUGCAGAAAACCCUCUCCAAGGACUCCCCUCCUUCAUAUGCAGCCUGAGCACCCCCACCACACUACCCCGGUUCCACCAAGCUUUUCAGUGAUGCAGUUUGUCCUGUCCAGUACAGAGCCUCCACAGCUUAGAAACAGCCAAAUAGGAUACCGGUAUUCUUAGCUAGUCAGUUGAUUUUGGUUAAAAGGUGGGGAGAUAACACAGCAGUAGGUGAAUAAUGAUGAGGGCCAACAGCUACACACACUCACACACACUCUUUUCAUUCAUAUUAUUUACACAUUUUAUAAGGUGCUCAAAAUACAGAAAUUACUUUAAAAAUGUAUUAGCUUCAAUGUUCCUCUUUGAUCACAUGGUAGAAAGUGGCACUCAGCCUUAUGCUGAAGCAAAUUCUUCUGCAGCUCCUAUUGAGCUAAUUUGUUGAUGAUCCAGGAAGCUCUGUAACUGGAUGGACAACGUCUUACUUGGAUCACAUGGUUCUUUACAGUAAUUCUUCUGUAUUACCCAUCAAUAACAUCAGUGUGAUGUCAGGACCAGUUAGGCUGUCAACAGAAAAGGCAAGCCUUCCUUCUACUCUUGGGUAACUUCUUGUUUGUGAUUUUGUUGCAGACUAACUCAAAACCAUUUAAACUAACAAAACAUCUUUAUCAUGCAAACAAUUUUGUUCAUGGUAUAGGUCAUAGACAUGACAGAAUGUGUUAGAAGCCCAAAUUUUAGUCAAUCGACAUUAAGAGCAAAUCACUAAUCUUAAAAUUAGAGUAACUGGGUAACUCCUGCCCCCAUCCCCAGGGGCGGAACCAGCAGGUGGCCAGGGGUGGCCAUGGCCGCCACGAGCCAAUCUAUGGCCACCCCAAGAACAAGCAUUCCCCCUCCUAAACAGAUGGUGACAGCAGUAAUGCUGUCAACCAUUAUUACAAUUACAACAGCAACUACAGAAGGACUUGUGGAGCACGGAGCAAUAUCCUUUCAUAUUCCUCUGCUGCAGAAGAGGUCAGACUCUGAGUUAAGUUAAAAAGGCAAAAACAUUUAUUUACUUUAAAAAGAUUCCUAUAUCAGUUUAAAAUAAAAAAUAAAAAUGUCUGGUUUCCAGUGAAAGAGAAAAAAUGAGAUAACGUUCACUAACAUGUUGUGUGCACCACACAUAACUGUAAUUGUGAAAGGGCAAUGUGUUAUGUGUGUGUGCUUGUUAGCUCAUUAACAGCCUCUGAACUAAUGUAAGUGGACGGGACCUCUUUUCUCUCCUUUUUCUUUUUAAAGAAAAGUAAUGUUUCAUGGUGUCACUGCUAUUUACAAGAAAAUGCUGUUUUAUUAUUAGAAGUUGAAUUAAGGUGAAUUAUCCACUGCUCAAACCACAAAAAGAAGGACAUGGCUUAUGGAGUAGCGGUAGAGUGGGCUACCCAUAUACAGAGGCUUCAGUCCUCGACAAAGCUGUCCCUGGUUUGAGUCCCGACCCCAGCAACCUGUGCUGCAUGUCCCUCCCCCUCUGGUCUCUGUCUGGUCACCCCAAUGAAACUUUUCUGGCUUCGUCACUGCCCAUUACAAACCAAAAUCUACUAACAACAUAGUUAAAACUUGUGAAAUAAUGAGCCAAAAAUUAUCCACACACACAGUUUGUGUGGUUGAGCAUCUAAAGAUUGUCAGGGAGGCCCAGGUUGUGCUUUCCACAUAGAAAAUGGGCUUUAUACGGUCCAACUAUUCCCUGUAUAUUUACUUCACAGUGGACCAAACUGUUAUUGGGUAAGACACUGCCUCCUGCAUGGUCCUUGAUAUGUUUAUGGGUAUUUGAGUGGAAAUGGAUUUACAGUUGUACCUAGAAUGAUUGAAGUCCCUCUGCAAGUUGGGUUUUUUUGGCCGAAAAUCCAACCUAGCAGCUGUUUUUAAUAAACAGAUCAAACUGAAACAGUUUAAAUAGAUCAAUACAACUAAUGGUUUCUCCAAACAAAAGGCCACUUUUAAUGACUACCACAGUCUAAAACGAUUCAACCCCCUCAUGACCAGCAUCUUUGGUACUUUGUGGAGCACCUUUUGCUGUUUUCAACUCUGUGAAAAUAAUUCUUAGCCAGACCCCAGCUUCUGACAGCAUUCGUGAGGAACAUUAAUACACUCCUCUUGGACAAAGGCCUCGAGUUUUUCAAAUCACAAUCACAUUAAUAGAGUUCAAGUCAGGACACUAUGAUGGCCACUUUAGUAUCUACCAGGACUUCUUCUGAACCUUUGUUGGACUUUCACAUAUCUGUGAGAUCAUUGUCCCGUUUGAAGGUCCAAGUGACUCCCAAGCUCUAGCUUUCUUAAACACAGAAUGACAUUUUCUCCCAGGAUUUCCUAAUUGUUCAUUGAAUUGAUCUUGCCUUCCAUAUGCUGUAGGUUUCCUUUGCCAGAGAAAGCAAAGCAGCCUCAGAUCAUCACUAAGCCACUGCUGUGCCACUUUAGACAUAAUUUUUCCUCUUCCAGAUAUACACUGAUCCAUAGGUCCGAAAUGUUCCACUUCUGAUUCAUCACUCGACAGAACACAAUCUCAUAACCUGUUUAGCUUAUUUUUACAGCUGUGAACAAACAGGACCUGACGUUUCUUGUACUUUUAGCUCUGUAGUGGUAUAUCUGUAGGAUUGAAGCCCUUCAGCAAUCAGUAUGUGCCUCCAACCACCCCUGAUCUGUAAAUGCUCAUACAAGGAAUCUUAUUCAGGGAGUAGAAUCAUUUCCAGUGAGUAGGAUUCAAUGAUUUUGAACUUAGGAAAAAUCCUUGAAAGAUAAAUUUUAAUUAUUUCAAAUGAUCUUGUGGACUUUGGUUGUUCCAAACACCAAAAGCAUUCGCUGAUGUAGUUUUGAAUCUACAUCGGCGAAUAAGAAACACAAAGUCCAGAACUGGGCCUCCACAAUACCAGGAAAAUAUAUGAUUGUGAUAUUAUUGCCUACAAUUGUGAUAAUGGUAUUGAUUAUGAUUAAGACUCAUUUCUUUCUUUACCGUUUCUUAAUGCCCUCCAUCCUGAGACAUGGUUGUAGCUGAGAUGUUCCCCAUCUGCCGCUUUGCUUCUAGCUUAGGUUUUUGCCUAUAUAUUCAUUUAUAAACGACAAAAAAAAAAACUCCCCAGUCACCCACCUAACCCCAAAAUUGUCCUCUUAACAACAUGGACCAGGCAUAGCAUUAUGACCACCUGCCUAAUAUUGAAACAGCUGACUGAAGAAGAGCAAUGAUUCCAAGUUUCCUGCCGUGUUUCCUGUUUUAGUGCACAAGACAUUUCUUAGUCAUGCUUUCAAAACCAACAAGACAUUUUUUUUUUACUUUUAAAUCCUGCGUACGCUAACUUUAAGGCAUAAAAUUGCCGUUUUGUUUAAGCACUGACAAAUCCAAAUGAAACAUAUUUAGUUUAAAACAAACAUUUAAUCAUAACCUGUGGAUUCCAGGUUUAGCUGAAAUUUAAAAGAAAUCCUUCAGAAGUCUGGUACCUACAUCCACACUUAAUGUUCUGUAAAUUAGUAUUGAAGAUAAAGUAACAUAAGUGAUUAUAUCCUAUGACCCCGUUCUUCUUCAGCUACAUGAUAUGUGCCCAUCAAUUAGCAGUCUCAGGUAGUUUCCAACAUAUUUUUAAUGGUCUUGGCUUGUGAUCAGAAUGUAAAAUGUAUCUACAUUAUAAACCAGAGGAACAAUAGAGUUAUCAUAGAGUUCCAUCUGUUCUCAAAGUAAAACCUGCUGAUUGUGUAGGCUUGGUUCAGUCCUCGGUAACAUAAAUGUUGCUGCUGAGCUUCCACUUUUUAGUUGUUUCAGGCCCUGUGAAUCAGCUCCCAUUACCCUGAACUGAUCUGUCGUUGCCCCAAAAACAUGGUUCUAUGAAGGAAUGGAGGGAUAGGUUCCAUUUAAUAAAGGAACAUGUGAACAAAGAGGCAACACGUCUAGGCAGCAUCACAGGCCAGGGAGAAGCUCUGUCCUUUGUUUCUAAUAUGCUUUGAAACCUCAGCAGUGGGGAAAAUAUUAUUGGCUGGGUUAAGUAAAUCUACCCGCACCAAGCAGAUCUUCUUCAUGUAAUGCAUUAUAAUCUGAAAUGAUUUACGAAAAACAUAAGGGACUUAAGAAAAGUGACUGUUAGUUUGAAGGGAAGCAUUUUACUUCCUGUAGAUGUGAUUUUAUACAGCCUGCCUGGACGACGAUCCUUUCAGUCACAUCCACGUUCCAUGAUUUUCACUCUCAGGCUUGUGGCUGUUAAUCAUUUCAGUUUUUCUAAAUUUAUACACAGUGAAAUUAUUUCUUAUUAGACUGACAGCCAGAUUGUAAAUUAUACUUUGCUUUUAGCAACUCUCAUUCCCUCUGCUGUGUUGUAGAUUUAUUCAUAUAGGGCUUGACUGAACAUUGUCCCUACAUCUAGUUUUGGGGCUCAUGUGGAGUUGUCCUGUUUGGGUUCCGCUCAGCUGGGACCUUAGCAUUCUGGGUCAUGCUUUGAUUCUGUCUAUCUUCUGAAAAAUAGUCCCGAGUCUUCUGGAGUCAAGAAAAUCAACGCGGAAAAAUGUCUUUAAAAAUGAAACCUUCUUUUGGAAAACUGAACAAAUGAAAGGAGAUUUCAAAGAUCAGAAUGAGUCUCUGGAACAAGUCAAAGGAAGUCCCAAAAUGUUGAGGUGUCCCCCUCUGUUGCCGUUACUUCCUAGGAUGAGGAAUAACUUCAGAAGUGUGAAGUCCACAUUUCUAGUUCUGUCCCUUGAUUUUCUGAGUUAAAGCGAAUAUUUGCUUUAUCAUUCAAAUACUACCAAUGCCACGGAUCUGGGAGUAAAAAUUUAAACCCGUUCUUCUCCCUGUUGUAGACAGCAUUUUACAUAUACAUAUAUGGGCAACUGUGGCUGAAUGGGGGGAGUGGUUGUCUUUUAAUUGGAAGGUUGCAGGUUAGAUUUCAGCUUCCUCCUGCCACAUGUCAAUGUGCCCCUGGACAAGGCUACCGAUCUUUGCAUCGGUGUACGAAGAUGCGCAUGUUUUGUGAGAAAAGCUAUGAACCCCUGGAAGAUUUUUAGAUGAGUACAGUCCAUUUAUAUUAUGUCAUUAAGUUCAUCUUAUGACCAAGGUCUCCUUUCCUGAUCUUGGUACUGGUUUCACUUUCUGACUUUUCCUGCUCUGCUUUCUCAUGUUUUGUCAUUAGAAACGUCUGUAUGUAGUUAACAUACAUCAUCGAGUGUUGUUUUAAGACUGCCCGGUAACACAUGAAAAACUCCCUCAACUAGCUGUGGAACCACCUAAAAAAGACCAAGAUAAGCAGACAGAAUGGUUUAUGUGGAAGUGAUGAAAGACAGUUUUCCUAGUAUGAAUGAUCUUCUCUGACCAUAGUCUGACAUUGUUACGGCUUUCUGUUGGAAAUGAAACCAUCUGAUUAGGUUCACAUGCAGGAGUUUUUUCUGUUGUAAAAAUAAUCUUAAACUUUGUGAUGAUCCAGACAUAGUGGCAUCAUUCACUAGCUGCUCAGUCUCCAGCAGCAGGAGUAAGGCAGAAAAACGGGCUGGAUAUUUGAGUUCUGAUGUGUAGUUUAGGCCACAUGUCCAUUCAGUGCUUUCUGUUGAAUUUGGAGAAAAGUAGAGUAUUAGGGUGUGAAUGGAGCUGAUAUUUUAUUAGUGUUCUCAUUUAGUGUUCUUUACCUCACAGCAUCAUCUUGUCUUUGUGCUUCAGUAUUCAGAUCAUGAACUAGAAUUUCUGCUUAACAUGAAGUUUUUUUGUAUUCCUUCCUGAAUAAUGUUUUAGACUGUUUAAAACAUAGAGUUGAAUAUUAUUGUGUCAAAGCAUUUAUCAGUGUGUGCUACCUGUAUCUUGUGAAGGUGUAUGGUUUUAUGAAAAAGUUUUUUUUUUUUUAUAAUUGCAGCACUUUUUGUUAAUGAAAUGCCUUAUUUCUUCCAGUACUUUUGGUUUAAAUGCUUAAUACAAAUGUGUAAAUGAAUAUUUGCCUCUUUUAGAGAACAGUAAUAUGUAAAUACAAUAUAAAUGUUUUAUUUUUACAGUUAAAGUUUUGACUGUGUUUUCCUAUAAGUGUAAUUUUUGCUUUACUUGCACAGUCUGUAUGCAGUUUUAAAUGCAUACAUGUUAGUUUAAGUGAACUAUUUGUACGCUGGUAUAGGCGAGCCCAAGGCAAUAAACAAGACUAAUUUGACAUUUAUAACAUCUAAAUAUAUUUUGUUUUUGUGUAUGAUAAAACCAAGACUUGCUUGUUACAGAAAGAAAUACACCAUGUUUUAUUUUUACAAUAAUGACAUGUAAAAGGAGGCUCAUACAGCCUGAGACAAACAAUACAUUCCAUAUUGCAUUGUGUCCUCAUUCAUUCAACAUAAACUAAGUCAAAACGCAGAAGUUGAGUGGAAAUCUAACGUCCAGUCUUUGAUGCCAUAACUUUAAGUGAGCAUCUUCUUUAUGAUCUUAUCAGACUUUUGUAAUAUUAUUAUUAUUAUAAUUAUUAUUAGAGAAGUCAUUUUACUAUGCUGCUGAAGUUUAAAUGGCUCCAUCAGACUGAGGUCUAGACAGGGGGACGGCUGUUUCAACAGUGUAAUUUCAUUCUGUUGUAGGUAUGAUGAGUCGUCAUUGUCUUUUUGAUGAGCUACUUGGGACAAGCUUAAGCUGUCGGAAAAAAGGCCUUAAAUUUUACUGGAGAAUGCUUUGCACAUGGUAAAGAGCAGUUCACGAUAAACUUAAAUGAGCUCAAGGUGUUCAGAUCUUUUGGCUGCAGAACAGGCCCAAAUCACCUCCUUGCUCAACAGCUGUGCAUUUUAACCAAACAUCUCUAGUUUGAUGCAUCCAAAGGACAUGGCGCCAAGUGGUUUGUUUGGAUUCAAAAUUUGCAAAACAAUGUUGCAUGCUAAGAAAGGCCUGUGUAUUUUGGGAUGUAGCUGUUAGAUACAGCAUUGGAUGCUGUGACCUCCAGAUUAACUUGCAGUGACAUCUAUUUUGCAAAGACUGGAACAUAGAACUGCAAAUGGCCAUAUAAUCUAUACCACAGUGAUGGGUAGCAACAGUUGUUGCUGAUGUCUUUCCUCCUUGGCAUUGUAUUAACACACAUUCGGUGCAGAGCAGCAAACUGCUACAACCUCAGUUUUCUUAUGAAGGUGUUUACUCUGUCUGAUGACAGAAGAACAAAUCAUUUGAUUAGCAGCACCUGGCUACCACUUACCCUUGUAACUGAUGGCAGCAGUUAGGGUGUACUUAGUUUUUUACAUCCAGCUUAUGCAUUUUGGUUUGGUUUUUUGUUAAUGAAUCGAUUGUAACAGACCAUGUGUUGUUUUUCAUUUGAGGUUGUACUUAGUUUGGACCAGAUAAUUUAAGUAUGCUCUGACAUACAUAAUCUUUGAAGUGAAGGAUCUACUUACUUUUUCUGGCAAUUUUCUGAGAUUAUAACAGCAGAUUUUACAUGAGCCCACAUUUUUAAAGUAGAAUUUGAGAGAUUUGAAAGGAGAUUAAAUCAAUGAAGAAAACAUUUGGAAGAAAUAAAAAGCCCCACUGAUUGUGCCGUAGUGUCAAACAGAGUUAAAACUCUAAAGCUAUUUUCAGUUGUCUUUGAAAAACAGAAUCUCUAUCUCUGGUGAUGUGGGAUAGAAACCAAUCAGUGAGAGGCGGACAGCAGGUCAUUUGAUGUCAGACGUAUUCAUAAGCUCUAGCGGUACCAGUGAACUCUAUUGAAUGUGUAUGUAAGUAACACUGCCAUACUGCAAAACAUUUAGGUAAUGGAUCAAGCUGCUAAAACAUGUCUAAAGCUCCUUAAGGUGCUAGAGACCUCUUUCUCUUAAAUGUGUUGUUUGUACAUGUAUCCAGCUUAGCUGAAAAGCUGCCGCGUGUGCCUGCUUCUACCGUAUAGCUACACAUAUUUUUGUUGUACUGUGAGUUUUGUAGUUUUUUUUCCCCCCCGACAUGCCUGUUAUUACAUGGUCUCAACAUAGCAUUGUAAGACAUGCAAGAAUGCUCAGCUGAAGAAAAAGUUGGUGCUGAUCCUCAAAUGUUUUUGCAUGUUUUUAAGUGACUUCAGAGAUAAACUUCAUUAUAGACAGGUUAGUUUUGCUCCUUGUUCUGGUUCAGCAUUUUCAGCUACACUGUCUAUAAUGAACUCAGAAAAAUCUCUACAUUUUCCAACACAUCUUUCCCUAAACUACUGUCAUAUUUUAUACAUAUAGGCAAAGUAAAUCAGAAAUAUACAUUUUACAAAUACAUAUGUUUUAUAAAUGGUUAAAAAAAAUCGAUGCUGCAGCUUUUAUCAACUGUUUUUUUCAUCUUUUUAAACAUUGUCAUCCAAAGAAAGAUUAUUUAUUGGUUGGCAAAAUAACCAGACUUCAUUCACAUACAAUGCUGCUAUGAGAGAGGAGAGUUGUAUUUGUCAACUCUAGUGUUUUUAUUCAGUGUAAUGAAAGUUCAAUAAAGUAAAGAAAAAGAUCCAA